AUGCAUUCGUUAGGAUCGUUACGAGAAGAAGAUCUGGAUGAAAUCUACAUAGACACACCUUCGGAACUACGAUUCAAGAAGGUCCCGUCGAGAUCAAAAGGCAAAUCGUUCAAUGGUUCUAAAGAGAGCCGUAAGUCGAGCUCUCCAAUGGGGCGACGGAGUUAUUCGCAUCCAGAAAUUCAUGCAACACCCUCACUUACGUUAACACCUAACGAGCUCUGCUUCUCAUGUGACAUUCCGCAAACCACAAUAGAUCCUACCUGGACCGAAAGACCUACCGUAUUUGCGGGAGCUACAUCACUACAUUAUGGACAAUCGUUACCUCUUCAACAUUGCACCUCAUUCUACAGUACACUUUCUGAGGUCCAACCUAUUCAAAGUCAACGACCACUCAAAAUUCGCAUAACACGAUACGAUCCAACUACGCCUGAGGAGAGAGUGAUGUCGUUGAAACGUCUUCUCGCAAAUAUAUAUCACGAGAACUCUACACUGAACUCGACGAGAGACUUAACAGACAGCUUGACGGAAUCCUUUCAGUCCGAUGUCAGCGCUUCUUCGCCGAAACGUCUCACCACGGAAUCGCUUAUGACGUUUGACGAAGCUAAAUUACGCGACGAGGUAGCGGGUCUCAAGAAGAAAAUCGAACAAGCCAAUCACCGCCUGGUGAGGAUGGUACGGCAAAGAGCUUUCUAUCGAGCCAAGCAGAACACAAAAUGUGCAGUGCUUAGCGCAAUCCUCAUGGCAACAUCGGCAAAAACCAGUGCUGAUUCCAAGCUGAGAUUCAGUCUUGAGCCACCGACAGUUCACGAAGGUGUGGAUGAAUGGAAACGAGCGAUGAGAAUAAUGGCUCGUUUACCUGGAGGAAUACCGGAUAUCUUUAGAAAUAGAUUGUGGUCCACGCUCGGAGAACUACACAUUUUGUCAGCUGGACUCGACUGGGAACAAAUUUGUCGGAGUUCGUUCAGUGAACAAGUGCAACCGGAUGACAUCGAAAUCCAUUCUCAGAUAUUAAAGGAUCUGCAUCGUACGGGGUGGAGUGGGUUCGACGACGAGAAGAAGCUCAAGCAGGUGCUACUCGCUUAUGCUAGAUACAACAAAGAAAUUGGAUACUGUCAAGGAUUCAAUGUUAUUGCUGCGUUGAUACUGCAAGUUGUCGAAUAUCGAACUGAUGUCGCCCUAAAGGUGAUGAUUUUCCUGAUCGAACAUGUGCUGCCGCGAGGUUACUUCGAUCAGUCGCUAAGAGCACUGUCCGUGGACAUGACCGUCAUGAAGGAUCUCAUGCUGCAGAGAGUGCCGACCACUAUCGAGCACCUUGAAUAUCUCAAGAAUUCCUCAGGUAGCGAGUACGAACCGCCACUACCCAACAUCUUCUCUAUGCACUGGUUCCUCACACUUUUCGCAACUUGCCUACCAAGAGACUGCGUAAUGCGAGUAUGGGAUGCGCUGAUGUUGCAGGGAUCUGAGAUCCUCCUGCGCACGGCGAUAGCGCUAUGGUCUAAAAUGAGCAGGAAAAUUCUGCGAACCUCUACUGCAGAUGAAUUCUACUCGCUAAUGGGUAAAUUAUGCAAAGAACUUGCUGAAAUGGACGAAGAGGAACAGAAUCAUCUCAUGACUGUAGUGUACACUAUGGCCGACUUCCCCUAUCCAGGCUUAGCAGAACUUCGAGAGAAGUACACGUGGAAUAUACAUCCGCUUUCCGCAACCUUCAAACUGUUCCGGAAGAGUGUCACUGACAUUUUGCAUGAGGACGAUUCCGAUGGAGAACCUUCUUGUUCACCUUGUUCUGGUCGUCGUAGAAAAGAUGCGCCAACAUGGAGUGAUCUGAGGGAGCUACAAAAACGCUAUGCUUUGAUCAAACAGAGACAGAAGCAGGCUAAAGUCAUUAUAAGCACCGCUUAUCAGAAUGCGCAAUACGCUCGCUCCAAUUCUUCUAAACUAAAAGCUGCCAUUCCCAUUUUAACACCACGAUUGCAACCGGUAUUUAACCAUCUUCUUAUGGGACCGCUCCUCGCGAGGAUAGAUAGCACCACGGAACCUCCAACGACUUUCUCAGGAGGCGCUGUUAAAGUGGCCGCCACUGUUAUCCAACCAGCAGACCACUCCCUAGCUCGACUUCGGGAAAUUAUCCACCAAAACUCAAUUGAGGACGAGAUCAAAACUGAAGACUCAGUUUCCACUUUCUCUGAAAGGUCACAGACUAGGAUUAUGAGUGGAGAUCAAAACGGGAGCGCGUCAUCGGAAGAACAUGACGAAGUCUUUGAGCAUUCAGUUACUGAGAUGCACAUUCCGUUCUCGAGAUCUCAGGAUCCAAAAAACCGUCGUGCACAACUACGAAGGUCUAAGACAAUUCUCCGGCACGCAGCACCCACACCUGCAUUUAGACCAUCUAUUCGAAUGAGGGCACAGAAGUCAUUCUAA